AUGAACGCUACUUCAAUAGACGUCUUCGCCCUGCAGCUUAAAAACCGUUCAACUGCGGUUCAAAUUGUAGAAUCGUUUUUCUUGCUCCUGAUCAACUUUACUUCUUUUUCCGGAAAUCUGUUGCUUGGAAUUUCGGUCAUCAAAAACCCGAAUCUUCGAAGAACUGUGCCUAACAUGUACAUUAUAACUUUGGCUGUCUCGGAUUUCUUAAUGUCAUUGCUGGGGAUUCCGUUUUCACUAGCUUCUCUUAUGACAGGAAAAUGGCCGUUUAACAACUUUAUUUGCCAGCUACAAGGAUUCUGGAUUCUUCUCAUGUGCGCCGUGUCUUUGCAGACUUUAGCCGUCACCGCUGUGAACAGAUAUUUCCGAGUUGUUCGUUCCCGCGCGUCGUACCAGAGAAUCUUCAGCAUGAAGAAAACAAAAAUAACAAUUGCAAUUCUGUGGGUCAUGGCUCUCUUUGCGCCUCUGCCGUAUGUCGUUGCUGGCCACGAGUUUUUUUUUCACACUGGAAAAGUCUUUUGCGCUCAUAACGCGGAAUCGUUGUACGAAGGCUACGGAGCUUAUUUGGUUCUCGUUUAUGUAGCAAUUCCCCUCAUCAUCAUCAUAACCUGUUACACGCGAGUUUUCAUCGCAGUGCGGAAACACAACUUAAACUUUCGCUUUCGAAUUCGCCAAAGAAGCACGAACAACACUACCCGGAACAACACCUCCUUGGACAGCAGCGGCAUCUUGUCGGUUGAAGAAGUGAACGUGACAUACAUCCUACUGGUUGUUGUCAUUAGUUUUCUAACCUGCUGGACUCCCGUCUUAAUCAUUGAUAUGAUCGAUUUUAUAAACGGAGAUUGGAAGCUCAAGCGACAAGUCUAUGUAAGUUACACCUGUUUUGGCUUCGCUAGUACAGCUCUCAAUCCCAUCAUAUACGGAAUCAUGAAUCGUUCCAUCCGUGCUGAAUAUCUGCGAAUCUUGACACCUGUUAGGUUCUGGUCUUCUCUUUCGCAGAGUAGCCUGCAGAGUGCCAGUAGAAGUUUCCAGCGCAGCAAUGGACAGAAGAAUCGCGAGGUGAUGGCCAGAAACAAGGUUGAUGCCGGGUUGGAAAUUGAUGGAGAAAUGGAUGGAGAAGAAAAGUACCGAGAGCAAAGGUGUUGA